AUGACCGAAGAAGUAGAGCACCACCAGGUGGACAGAGACAAGAUGAUGAGGCAUCUUAGCGAGUUAGAAAGGAGCUACCACAUUACGAUGAAGGAAUAUGAAAACAUAACGAACAUCAGUGUACAGAACAAUGUAGCAAAUAUCAGGAUAAUAAAAAACUUGUUCAUUCUAAAUACCCUCACCCAUCAAGUGAAUAAAAAGCAUUUAAUGAAUGCCUUUGAAAAUGUAGAUAAUACAUUAAUUUCUAUUUUAAAAAGAAAUAACACCAAUUUUGUCUUAAAAUUGGUAGCCAUAUUUUACCUAAAUCUGUGCACCUACACAAGCUAUAAUAUUAGGGAAAUGUAUGGCAGGUUAUUUGAGAUGACACUAAACAGAUCGAUGGUUAACUCCCCAAGUGAAAUGAAAAGGCUCCAUGAGCACUUCCUAAAAAAUACGCUUCUUUUCACAUCCCUAAUUUUGGCACAUGUACAUGCUCGGAUCGCUCCGCACCUUUCUUCCCUUAUUGAGUACUCAAAAAAAAUAAAAAAAUCGGAGACCCAAGAAUCCAAGUAUUUCUACCUCGAGUGCACAAACAAAAUAAUAAAAACAGCGGAAAUGACCCCCGCCGAUAGCGAAAAGAUCUACAAAUUUCUGAAAAGACAAUUUAAUGAAAAGGAUGAAUUAAUUAAAGACAGAAUUGUUAAGUGUCUGACGUCCAUGUUUAUUGUAUACCCUGAGUAUUCCCUCCUAGAGUUCGACUUUUUUGUAAAUUGCAUCAUUGACGAUACUUACCUGAGUACGUAUGCCUUCCUGGUCAACCUCAAACACAUUAUCAAGCUUCUCACCGUGAUGUUCUGCAAUUGUGCCAAUGUGAAGUAUAACCGAAGUAUCAACGACCACAGUGCAGGUAAAACUAGCUCCAGAGAAGGCGCAGAUGGGAUGGCGUCCUUUGAGAGUGGCACAACAGUAGAGAGGGAAGAUGAGGAGGAUGAAGAAGAGGCAGAACAAGGGGCAGAAGAAGAGGAAAAGGAAGAAAAUGAAAAUGAUGAGAAGACAGAUGAGGAGGCAAAAAAUGAGGACAAAGAAAUCUACACACAUGAGAAGGCAAAAGGGAGAAACAGCGGAGGCACCAAAACAACAACUGGUGAAAGCAAAAAGAAAAGUUUCUUUUCCGACUUUUUAAAAAUCGCAACAGACGAAAUAGUGUCUAAAAUUAGCAAAAUAAAGUUAGAAGAAAAAGAGGGAGGAAAAAAUUACAUUAAGCUAGAUCAUGUGGAUGGGUUUCUAUUUCUCAUUGAUAACCUCUUUAAUAGAAAAAUUGUCAGAAAUAAAAAGAGCGUGUUAUUUGUCUACGACUUCGCUUCCUUUAUAGUCUUCUUUAAGAGGACUCUGCUGAACAUGUUUAGCGAUUUUCAUCACGAUUACACGGAAUUGAAGAAGCUCCACUUUUUGAGGAAGUUGGACAAGUUCGCUUACUACGCAGAUGUUCUACACCACUUUGGAACGGAUGUGUUCACCCAUGGUGGGAGUGGCGCUGGAGAUGGAUGCGGAUGUGCAGGUGGAGGCAAAGUGUACGAAUUUUUUCGAAAGCAGAAGAAGGGGACCAGAAUGAGAGCGAAAUCAGCGGUGUCUACAUAUCCAUCUGCUUCUGUCGCUGCUGGAGGGGAAGCAAGCGACAGCGAUUGGUUUAUCAAUUACCUCCUCGAGAAGGACUACAAAUUGAUGAAAGGGAAGGAACCACUGCGUUACAAUGAUUUACACAUAUCAAUUGAGGAAAAAAAAAUCUUCGAAACGUAUUGCUCCCUGGUAAGUAGUACCCUGUUAAGAAGCAUUUUCUUCCAGUCCUUUAAAAAUUUCCUCUCAUUUUCGAAGAAAUUUUCUGGAAAGUCAGUCAUAAAGAUUAUCAAGCUGUUUCUGCACCUGUUGGAUGUGACAUGCACAAAUUGUUCCAAAAAGAAAAACAUAAAAAAUCCCCUCCACACGAACAAUAUAGCAAAUAGCUUCGAAAUAAAUUUCCUCCUCUUCUACUUCAUCGACAUUGUAGAGGAGUUGGUCAGGAAGAGAAAAAGAGACCCCUAUACGAUUGUUAAGGAGAAGGUGUACAAGGCGAGGCAGAGGGAGAAGCAAUUGGAAUGGGAGAAGGAAAAGCAGAUGGGGAGGGAGAUAGAGAGGGAGAGGGAAAGGUGCAAAAUGGACGGCACUAAGGAACACGAUCAUCGCGCAGGAAGGAGGCGCACUGCACAUGAGAAGGAGGAAAACGGCAGGAAAAACUUCGCACAUAUUGGAAAUGAAAACUUGAGUGAAGCUCCCUCAUCGAGUGAUCCUCACGGAGGGAAGAAUGACUCAAGUUGGUACAAUCCAAGGAGUAGCACUUCCAGUCAAAACGGGAGAAACUCAACGAAUGGCAGUAAAAGGAAAAAGGAGUUAACAACCGUGAAGCGAAAAAGUAAAAGGAACGAAGAAAAGAACAUCGAAGAAGAAGAUAACAAAGUGAGGACCUACAUACAGAAUCAAGUAAAGAAUUAUUUAAUACAAAACAAUGAUACCAAUAUGGAUGUGAAUGAAAAAAAAAAAAAUAACAUUCUCCUUAAAGGGCUGAUCAUUUUGUACACUAAAGCCAUAGUAAACAAUAGGAGCAUAAAAAAGGGCAAGUAUGACAAGUAUGAGAGCUUUCUGAAAAUCAUCCUCAACAACAUGAACGGCGUUCACAUUGAUAUAGAUCUAGUCAGACACAUCAUACAUUUAUUUGUCAAGAUAUUUUUAAAGUUCCCUCAGUACACAUAUAAUUUAAUAACCCUGCUGGUAAAUUACAUUACAAUAAUUAACGCUAACUUUAUGACCUCCUUAACUCUGAACACUUUUGACGAUAUAGAAAAACAAGUGAGCAUAUUAAUUAUCAGUUCCGUUUCGUUAGAGAACAUUUUGUUCUCCUCCUCCCGGUUCUACAGAUUGUACCAUUUGAAUAAUUUAAUUCUGUGCGUUUUUGAUAUAUGCAAAUUGUUUUUGUCCAAGGUGCAGACACACCCUUUGAAGACCAUCAACGAGCUGAGGAAAAUAAUUUCCUUUUCGCUUAUUCAUGCCAUCACGUGCGUGGUUGUCUACGAAGAGGUGCGCAACAGGCGCAGUGAGGGGAGCGAUAAGCAGAUCGGUCGGGAAAGCAGUGGGGUGAGCGGUAGGGAACGCAUCUCCGAAGAGGAAUCCCGCGGAAGCACCACCCCCGAAAGGACGCAGGAACAUUUCGCCAAACAUGAGCCGCUCUACGACAAUGUCCUCUUCAAACUGCUGAUGGAUAUUCUGCGCGAAAUGCUCAACGAAAUUGAGGAGGAGAAAAUGCAGCGCUUUAUCAGUUCCUAUGAAGAACAAAUUAAAAAAAAAAAAAUGAACUCAAUGAAUUUCUUUAUUGUGGAUAAUUUAUUCAUCCUAGUGUACAUCUUAAAAAGUGUGCACACUAUCCUAGCAUCAGACAUUCUGACCUUUUUCUUUUUUGAUCAUAUUUACAAAAUUGUGCAAACCCUGUUCGAUUUCUUGCGCCAAAUAUAUCAGGCAGAAAAGGACCAUUACCACAAUGGCUGUGAAAAUUACGAAGCGCAGGUAGUCAUGAUAACCCCCGCCGGAAAAGGCAAAGGGAAAAGCAUCAACAGUGGAAAUUAUUCCAAAAGAGAGGGAAAAAAGUCCUUCCACUUCUUCGAGUACGGAUUUACUCAAAUGUGCCGAUUGAUAAACAUUGAAAAUGUUUUUUUGAUUUUCCUGAUUUACAUGCUGAAGAUUUUUUGCCGCGUCUUCAAAUUUGUGAAGCAGAAAAUGGGGAAGGGAGCAAAAAAUGCAGGGUUGUCAGAGGGCGCCUCGCUUGGAAAAAACGGAACCAACAUGUGUAUCGAAUCUGUCGAGGAGCCAUCCCCUCGUGAGGGAAGCUACUGUGGGGGAAAUUACAAACAGGGCAGCAGAAGCACUGCCACGACAAUAACUGCGACGGGGGAGGUCGCUACCACCACUGCUAAUGUGACCUUUGUGACUGUCCCACCGAACCAACCAUUUGCCCCCAUAUGGGAGGCGCUGAUCCAGGCCAAGUCUCGCGAGGGAGCGCCCUUUGACGUCUUCCUCGACUUGCUGAUCUAUCUGGUGAAGAAUAAAGACAAGGACAAUUUUAACAACGCAGUUAUUAACAUCCUGCAGAGGGAAGAAGAAAACCGCAAGGCAAAGAAAAAAAGGAAGAAAACUACCACCCAUGGUGAAAAAAGGAAGAGGCAACUUUUUGGGGAAGACCCAGAAUUGGACAUCCUAAACAUGCUGACGAAUAACUACGAAGCCUAUUACGAAUUGGUCCUAAUCCAUUUCGUGCAACUCUUCCAACUGUAUGUAGAGAAGAAGAAAUAUUUCAACGUGAUUAUAAAAAAUAUCUACAGGUGUCUCCUAAAUGUGGAGUUAAAUAGAAAUGAGUUCAUAAUUUAUUUGCUAAUUUUGGAUAAUUUUUUAAAAGCUAAAUUUUUUAACAAGAAAAAAGGAAAAAUUUUCAAAUGUAUGUUACCCAUAUUUAAUGUACUGAACAACCAUUUUGUGAAUCCAAAUAGUGGACUUUUAAAUGCUCUUUUGAUAAAAAAUUUGACUCAUUUUAUUUGUCACGAUGAUAAUAUAGACGCCUACAUCUUCAGUUAUCUUACGAAAUUGUACCAGGCAUACUCCCGACAGAUCCUGCAGGAACAAUAUCUGUGUAUCGUUUUUUCUACGUUUCUAAAAAGUGUCAUUUUGUCUUAUAUCAAAAUUGAAGAUAAUAAUUCAUAUGUGAUGAAAAAUGUCAUUACUGCGACGGAAGAAAACAGGAUGGCCAACGUGGGGGGGACAUUCCCCUCUAGUAAUUUAACUACCGCCUCUUUGUGUAGCAGCACCUUUUUGGAUACUCCAAGUAGCACACCUAGUCGGAGCCAUUUCGCAGCUAAGGGGAGAGAGAUAAAUAAUUUCAAGCGCAAGAGAACCAUUUUCACUCUCGAAAACUUCCGAACGUUGGAUUUAUUCCAACUGAUGAGCUUUCUAGGACAACGGAUGAGGAGAAGAUCCUCUAAAAGAAUCAAACGUAUCGAAUUUAACAAUCGCGAAAAAAAGGGUAAAUUGGAAAAAUGUUCCAGUAGUGGGGUAGUAAGCUGCGGACCGGGUAAGAUAAACCAUGUGGACAGACUAGCGCAUGCUAAACUGUUUAGUCAAGAAAAGGGAAAGAUCCUAGAAUUCUUUGAUACCUACUUGAACAUGCUGAAGGUGAUUCCACACGAUAACAAAGUGUUCGCGCUGGUUUUGAGAAACUUCAACGUGGUGGUACGAAAGAUGAACACGAGAGUGAACCUGUACAGGAUUAGGGAUUGCCUGGAUGUGGUGCUGGCCUACAUCCUGAAAGCGGAGAACGCGAACAUGUAUCGCUUCGAAAUUGAACGCGGAGGGGGUAUCAUAGGGCUGUUUAACAACCUGUUGAGGGUUCUGCGGAAGGGGGGCAUGCGAAGCGUCGGGAAAGGCGGCAAUAAGGCGGGGGUCAAAAAGGGCCACAGAAUACCCACCUGUAAGGAGCGUUCCACGAAGAAGAAACUCUCCGCCUCCCAGAGACAAACAUGCUUCGAAGUCGAGAGUAACGUGCUGAACAUAUUCGAAAUUUUCCUGAUCUGUUAUGAAAAGAAAACGGACCGCCGUCUCUUCACCACGAUUAACAGCAUGUUCCAUUUGGUGAAGAGGAAGAAGAUGGAAAAAUUUAUGAGCAAAAUAUCUAUACUGAUACAGAGGAACAUAUUUUUAGAAAGAGAUAGGAAUAAAAUCCAUGUCGCAAUAAAGUGCGUCUAUAAAUUGCUGAAGAGGAAGGUGCACAUUCCAUUAAGCGAAAAUUUUGAUUAUCAUCUGUUGGUGAUUUAUCACCACAGUGAAGAGAAUUUAGACAAGUGCUUCACAGACUUGCUGAAAAUGAGGAUACUCACAUAUGGCUUUUAUAAUGUUAACCAGUGGACUAAAUUGUUUGACAGGAUUUUGAAUGCUAAAAAUAUGUUCCUGUAUGAUCUCAUAAAGUAUCGGUCCAAGGGAAGGUACGCCAAGUAUGAAAGCCAUGAUUGUAAUAAAAAUUCGCCUGAACAGGAUUCCACGAAAGAAAAUAACUUACUAACCAAUGAGAAACAGCCAAAUGAGGAACUGAAGAGCUGCUCCACCUUCCACACCUCAUUGUUUAGAAAACAUUUUGCCCACCAGACACACAUAAAUUUAAAAGAAGAAAAUGAGCGAAAGGGGCGAAACAAAGCUAUGUACUUUUUUAACGUUUUCAAAUUGAGACAAAGUGAUUUAAACUUCUCCUUUGAAACAAAACAUUUGGUAAUGAAAUUGUUGUUAUUCUUUUUAAAAACUGUUAGUCUUUCCCCCCUUGCGUUUGUGCACAACGACGCUUACUAUGUGAGUUACGUGAAGAAGCGCCUGAAGGAGGGACCCCUGAGUGGGAGGGUGCCAGCCAACGGCCAGGAAAGACCUACAGGCGGUAGGAUUGGUGAUGCUGGGAAUUUGAAAGCAGCUGCGCGGGAAAGAUACACCCAGGAAGGGUCCCCAAGUAGCAGCGGGGGAGGUAGCAGCAGGUGCACGCGAAGAAGCCACAGCAGUGACAGCAGCUGUAGUCACCUCGGACCACCUCAUCAAGCUAGCGCAUGGAAUAAAAUGAGCAAAACGGCAUAUAUCCCCCCACGUGAUAAAUUCUGCAAGAAGGAAGGGAACGACAAGAGAAAGGACCAAAUAAGUUACAUCGAAGAUGUGCUCAUUCGUAGGUGUCUCAAAGGGGAGACCGAAAAAUGGAAGUCUACAUUUAACAACAUAGACAUAGAAAAUAUCCUGGACAAGUUUUCCUUGUAUGAUAAUUUCGAACCAAUGUUAAACAUCAUAUUGCACAAUAUAAAUCAUGGAAUCAGAUUUGACAGAUUAUCUGGACUAGCCAUAAAAGCUUUGAUUCGAUUCUUAAAAAUUUUUAAGAGCUCCAAAAUAAUUUUGGAUGAAUUUUCUAGUACCCCUGAAAUUAUGCUGCUGACAAAUUACGAAAUUAAUAUUUUUACCUCGUUGAAGAUGUACUAUGAGUCGUUUCAUUUUCUCUAUUUUAGCUACCUAGAUGGCCAUCCUCUGGGGGAGGAUAAUCCCGACGCAGUGGGAGAUAAACCCAACGAGCAUCUGCAAUUUUCGCACUUUUUUCUUCACCCCCUGAUGAGGGUGUACAAUUUGUUUCUAUUCCUAAACGAAAUUGGGUUGUGUAAUUCGCACUCAAAAUUUGUGGAAUACUUUUUUUAUUUUGCCAUGAAGGGAGAUCAUGCCGUUAGGGAACAACUCGCAGAAUGUACACAAUAUGGACAGGAAAAAUCUGAGAUGACAAACGGGGAUGUUUCCAUGAAUGGACAUCACGCUUCUAAUGGGGGUGCUCCCUUACUCGUGGGGGGAAGGAAGAAAAUCCCUACAAUAAACUCGUCGCUUUUCUUCUCAGAAUUUGAUUCCUGCGUUUACUACCUCUUUUCAUACAAAUCAUUCUGUCUCUACGUAAUAAAUAGCGAGAAGGCCCAGAGAAACCAGGGAAUCUUUAACAUAAAAACAGUGGUAAAGAAUAUUAGCUACAUUUUGUAUGACACGAUUGUUCUAUACUUUUGGUCAUUUGGGAAUGACAGAGGAGGAGAGGACUGCCAAGAACAAGUGGUUCACAGAUUUUUUACCUGCAUGAAUGAGAAGGCAAGAAGCUUGUCCAUUUUUUAUUUUAGUGCAUUUACAAUAUUUUUGCAAUUUUUAAAUAUCAUAAGGAGGAGCAACAACCUUGUCAUAAGUGCGAAGAAUUGUACGCUCUUCAAAACAUUAAUAUAUUUUCUGUGCUACCAUUUGAAGGAGCACAAGGACAGAUUAAAAGAGGAAACCAAGGAGAUAUACUUCUCGUUCAUUUUGGGGUACUUAACUUUGACUGGAUUUGUUUCAGAUUUGUCCCACGACGUCAUAAACACCAUUUCUGAGCAGGGAGACGUUACAUGGAGCGAGACACAGCUCUCCAGUUCAGUAACGGCCGAACGGAGGGAGAAAAAAUUUCAUCGCAUUGAGAACUCAAGCAAAAGUAACACCAGUGGAGACAUAUCUAAACCGUUGUUUCAGUCUACUGGAACUGCGCAGCUUUUUUACGACGCGUCAAGGACCCCCUUUUUAAAAACCGUUUUGGAUUACGUUCUGAAAAAUUUGGUAAUCUUGGUGAACGAAAAGGUUUUACCAAGCGUGCUCGAAUUUGUCUCUGUGGCACAUAAGAAUUUCGCAAAUGUGCAGGGUGCAGGGGAGACCCACCACAUCGUGCUGAGAAAAGUGUUCACGCUGCACUUCUUCGUAUUGGGUAAGUUUUUGACAAAGCGGCGUUACGGCGAUAGAAGCCGCGGUGCUCUGUUCAGAGGGGCGCAUGAUGGAGAGAUGCUAACCCGACUGUGGAACUCCGUGCUCAGCUGCUACACCCUCCUGGAGAGGUUACAAAGGGAGCAGCUAGAAGAAGGAAAGGCGGCAGGGGGAGAGGCAGCAGAGGAAAACGCAGCAGAUGCAAAAGCGACAAAGCCAGAAGCGACAGAUACAAACGCAACAGAUACAAACGCAACAGAUACAAACGCAACAGAUGCAAACGCGACCAAAUCCAAAAUGGCUCACAAAAUAAAAGCGCUGCUGCAGGCGCUGUUCCUCCAGAAGAUGAAUCUCCUGAAGGAGGAGAAGCUGAGCACCAGGCUGCUGAAAUUGUUCUUUCAAAACAGCAGCGAAAGUGAUGUGCAGAUUUACCUAAGCCAUAUGAAAAGCUACAAAGGGAAAAUGGCCAAAAUGGUGAAAGACCAAGAUUUGCCGCGCUUAAAACUAUUUUACAUAAAGGUCAUCAUUUUUAUAUAUUAUAUCAACACAACAGACAUGAUGGAUGGAAGAAGCAGGGUGUAUUACACGGAAGAAAUAUUGGACGUGUUUAUCGCCGCCUCACGUAGGAUGAAAAUGGCAUACCAGGACAUGGGCAAGCAAAUAAAGCGAACAAAUAUAAGCUCCAAAAAAAAACAAGAAAAAAAUGGUCACACAAAGAACCAAAUUAUACACUCCUUUUUAAAUGUCAUAAAGAAUAUAUUUACCCUUUUACUAAAGAGGGAAGAUAGAAUCGUUUCUUAUUUUACACAUAAUUUGAUAAAAAACGGCAUGCUGCCCAUCGUUCUGGUUAACCAUCCCACCGAUAGUGUGCACUACGAAGAAUUGAUACCACAUAAUUCGUACGAGGAAGAUAUUAUUACCUACCCCGUCAAAAUUUUAAACUCCUUUUUUGACACCUUCAUCAGUAGAGAGGGACUCGUGAGGAAGGUUCUUAUUCCGUACGUCACCUUUGUUCACCAAGUUUGCCGUUUAUGUGAUGCCAACAGGAUUGACAUUACAAAGUCUUUCUUGACGCUCCAGACGGAUGGAGAGAAGGCGAUUAACCCGUUAAGUCGGGCUGACGAGCGUCUGGCUCAUGAGCGUCUGGCUGACGGGACUUCUUGCCCACAGAACGGUUUCCCUUGCGCAGCAGUGGUAGGCACGGGAAGUGGCACCAUGACGAUAUAUUUCAAAGAGGUAACAAACGUUUUUAGAAAUAUCGCCUUUAAGAAUGCCUCGUUUUUUAAGCACAUCCUGGCGGACAUCACUGGGGAGGAAAAAGUCAUGGUCUAUAACCUGAUCAAAGAGGCGAUUGCUGUGGAGAGCGAGACGGAGCAGCGGAAUAAGCAGGAGGAGGAAAAGCUGGACUUCAGCUUUGUGAAUUAG